UGCUGCUCCUCACCGUGUGCUUUGUAUUAUGAUGGGUAUUGAUUCUUGUCACUGUUGAAAAAACAGUUUUUGAUUUGAAGAAACUGAGAUAAAAGACAGAGUACAAGGAAUCCGCCUGUUCUUUUUCUGCCAUGGAGGCUACUGAGAUUUAGGGAGGGUUUCAAUUUCCCAGAUUAUGCGUUUUUUAAGUUUUCUGGAAUUAAAAAACAAAGUUUUUGCUUAGAUUUGUGUGUAAGAGUUUCACCAAGAGAAAGUAAACAGACAAGGUGUAGUUUCAGAGUUGCUUCGAGUUAUGCUGAGGAAUAGGUCGAGAGCAGUGAGCAGCAACAAGCAAGCUUUAAUGGUGGAUCAUGGCUCUCAAUCAUCAUCUUCUCAAAAGAAUCUCACUUCUCCGACCCCAUCUUUCUUAUGUUCUCCCAGAUUCAAAGCUUUCAUUGCAAAACAUCUCACCGAACCCGAAGUUCUCAAGAGUCCAACUUCAAUCCUCGAUAAAAAACCAUCCUUUCCUCCAUGUAAUAACCCCCUGGGCUACGAGCCAAAAUCCCCAGAAAAUUUCUCGUCAGUCAAACACCGCUCACCUGAAAACCCAGAACCGAAAGGUAUUGCUCUUGCAAUAGUCGAUACACUCGAGGAUAAACCAAAACUCAGGGUUCAGAUCCCUCUAAUCCCACCAUCUCCAUACGACACUUCUUCCCCAAAAUCCCCAGGUGACUUCGGGAUCAAAACCAGGAAUUCUCAUAUCCCCUCCUCACCAUUUGGCGCUUGCAUGAAGGAUUCACCAACGAUCAUCAAUGGCCGUCUCCCCGUUGAAGAAAUGGAGCUAUCAGAGGAUUACACAUGCGUUAUAUCAUACGGGCCUAACCCCAAAACAACCCAUAUCUCCGAUGACUGUGUUGUGGCGUCCUGUUGCAGUGCAUCCCAGAGUUUCCUCAGCUUUUGUUAUACAUGCAAGAAGAAUCUUCACCAGAAGAUCGACAUUUACAUUUACAGAGGCGAUAAAGCAUUUUGCAGUCAAGAGUGCCGAUACCAGGAAAUGGUUCUACAUGGAGAGGAGAAUUAAGAACAUUCAAUUGCUGAACGGUUAAAUUAGUUUCAAGUUUCAAAUGAUUGAAUUCAUAAACCAAACAUUGAAAUCCAGUUCUUGUUUUCUUUAACUUUGUUUUAACCCUCUUAGCCUGCAGAUAAGAGAGGAUGAGAUGAUGAUAUAAAUUAAUU